AUGGCCAACCUCUGUGGAGCCGUGCUGUUGGUUCUGUGGCUUCUGCCAGAAUGGGUAAAGAGUCAAGAGAAGAAUGAUGGCCAGCAGGUUAAGCAAAAUUCUCCAUCUCUGACUGUUCAAGAAGGAGGGAUUUCUAUCCUGAAUUGUGACUACAAUAAUAAUAUGUUUGACUAUUUUGCUUGGUACAAAAAGUAUCCUGCCAACAGCCCUACAUUCCUGAUAUCUCUCCGUUCAAAUGUGGAUAAGAAUGAAGAUGGAAGAUUCACAAUCUUCUUCAGCAAAAGCGGCAAACAUUUCUCACUGCACAUUGCAGCCUCUCAGCCCGGAGACUCAGCAAUGUACUUCUGUGCCGCAGGUGAUAAUAAUGCAGGCGCCAAGCUCACCUUUGGAGGGGGAACAAGGUUAAUGGUCAAACCCUACAUCCAGGACCCAAAACCAGCAGUAUACCAGCUGAGAGAUCCUAAGUCCAAGAACAGCAGCAUCUGCCUGUUCACCGACUUCGAUUCUCAAAUCAAUGUGUCAAAGGACAUGGCGUCUGAAGUGUUCAUCUCUGACAAGACUGUGCUGGACAUGAGGUCUAUGGAUUCCAAGAGCAACGGAGCAAUUGCCUGGAGCAACCAAAAUAGUUUCAACUGUAAAGAUGCCUUCAAGGAGAACGCCUCCUACCCCAGUUCAGACAUUCCCUGUGAUGCCAAGUUGAUAGAGAAAAGCUUUGAAACAGAUAUGAACCUAAACUUUCAAAACCUGUCAGUGAUGGGACUCCGAAUCCUACUCCUGAAAGUGGCCGGAUUUAACCUGCUCAUGACGCUGCGGCUGUGGUCCAGUUGAGGUCGGCAAGACGGAAAGAGGCUGAACUCCCCAGCUCCUUCCUCUUCAUCACCCCUCCUCUCCCUCUUCAAGCAAAAAGGAGCCCUCCCACCCCAUAAAGAAGGCUCUCGGUCUGACUGGCUCACAAUCCCGCCGCCGCCGCCGACUGGAUCUCCUGACUUUGUGAAGGAGAUUGCUGAACAGCUGCUAAGAGCUACUAUACCUACUGCUGCUGGCCAUUCACAGGAAAGGCAGGGGCUGCGACUUCUCCUGGAUAUGAAGACCCCCCACUCCCCCGCUUCCCCACCACCCCACCCCAUCCCAUGACAGAUCCCCAGUAGAAUCUCUUGGACCGCAGCUCCCGGAGAAUGUUGUAAAGAACAUGUUUUGGUUUUUGUUAUAAAGCAUCCAUAAAGAACUCCACAUUACCCUUUCCUCAAGGUGUAGAAAAGAUGACCUCAUUGUCUAGACCUUCCCUGCUACCGUGUGUGUCUGACCCACAUUGUAUAUCGUUCUGCUGCCCAUGACUUCAUUAAAGAUGACUCAGAAGAGCAGAAACUGUGAUCCUAUUUGACUGGGUUUGGUGGGGGCAUUUUCACGCUGCUUAUCACCAGCUGGGCAGAGAGAAACCGAAGUACGGGGAUAUCACGCAGCCCAGCCUCUUCUCGGAAUGAACUCUUAAAAAUUCCACUAAGCAAGCUGUGCCAAGGGCCAGGGAGCUCCUUUUACAAGUGUGUGUGUCCCGCUCACCCCACACCUCAGACGCGGGAGGGGUGUCCUAAGUUGUAGCUGAAACUUACCAGACAAGAAUGACAAGUAUCCCCAACAUCGUCACCCACUGGCUCCUGCCCUCCAGGGACACAUUCUUUUGCUUUCACACUCAGAUUGACUUGUCGCUGAAACUGUGUUUUACCCUAUAAACCGAUGGCUGCGACUUGGCCAAGUAGGUGUCCUAAACUCUCACCUCCAGCAGCAGCGGGGGUCCCUGGGGCCUCCCAGCACACCUCUCUCUGCCCAGCCUCUGCCGUCGGUGGUCUCCUCUCCCCAAGGGUAGGGAUUCUGAUGGGAAUA